AUGUUCCACUCGUCGAAACCCUACUCGGCCGUGACCGUACAGAUUGAAGUUCUUACUAGCGAACAAUAUGAGGUCGAAGACUCUAGCGGAAUCGUUGAUCUUAUAGAGGCUGUAACUAUCCAGGGUAGCGGCCCGACCGAAGCUAGUCGGGCUUUGCGCAAGAAGCUAAAAUAUGGAAACCUCCAUCGCCAACUAAGAGCGCUUACGAUUCUCGACUUUCUGAUCCAAAAUGCCGGGGACCGUUUUCUGCGGGAGUUUGCCGACGAGCCAUUGCUGGAACGGUUGCGAAUUGCCGCCACCGACUCGGUUUCUGAUCCCCUUGUGAAGCAAAAAUGCAAACAACUCUUCGGGCAAUGGGCAGCAUCUUACAAGAAUACCCCUGGCAUGGGAGGAAUCACGGCCCUCUAUCGACAGUUGCCGAAGCGCAAGCAACCGGCAAACCAGGCCAAGGCCAAGGUUCUACGGGAGGCCAACCCCUCUGAUGAACCCCCCAUGGGUCACACCGUGUCCAUCUCGGCCGGAGAUGGACCAUCCACAGUCCUUAGUGGACCCAAACAUAAGCACUCGUCGAGCAAGUCCCUCAAAAAGGAGAAGAAAGAUAAGAAGGAGAAGAAGACCCGCGCCCCCUUCAAUCUGGAGAGAGAAAAGCCGGAAAUCUUACAAACACUCGCCUCUUCAUCAGUCGCUAGCACAAACCUUCUGAACUCUCUGAAACUUGUCAACCGUGAAACGCACCGCGUGAGUGAAGAUGCCGAGGUCCUCAACCGCUUUGAAACAUGCAAGCAACUCCGACGCCAAAUUCUUCGGUACAUCCAGAACGUAGAGAGUGAAGAGUUCCUGGGGAGUCUGAUUCACGCCAACGAGGAGCUAGUUACCGCCUUGAUGGCAUUCGAAGUCUUGGAUAAGAGCGUGGACUAUGAUAGCGAUAGCGACCAGGAUGUUCUGGAGACCGGCUGGACUCCUGACCGCGACGAUGUGAACGAGUCGUUUGCGGGUCUUGUUAUUAACCCGCCCAAGCCUCCCCGGCCUGUGCGGCCGCUCAGUAUCAGCGUCCCGUCGUCUUCUUCACAGCAAGCGCGACGGGCCAACGACAGCGAUACAUCAGAAACCGACGAGGAUGAGGACGACGACGAGGACAAUCCGUUCGGAGACCGCAAUGAGAUCCGUACUCCUGGCAUUGAGAAAUCCCAACCUACCUGGAAGGAGGUUUAA